AUGUCUACCUCAGAUUUUACUCUUCCAAUUUGGCAUCCCUCCAGUAUCCCUUCAAAUGUGAUUUUCUCUACUGUUGCCCCAUCUAAGACGAGCACCUUGGAUAGUUUAAUUACCAAGGCAAUGGAAAGUCUUAGAACUGAAACAGCAAGUGACGGGAUAAAGGGAUUGGCAUAUGAGAUUUAUGGAGCUCAAGCUUCAAAAAGUAUUGCAAGUGCAGCAGAGGUUACAGCUACUGCAACAGAUGUCUCUGUACUAAAUAAUGCUCGUGAGGUCAUACUUAACUCUACACUCUUCUUGGAGCUUAAAUUCGACGAUGACAACAUGUAUAGUUAUGAUUUAAAAUUGGCCCCGAAUGUAUUAUUCACGACAAUUUUUGCACUGAUCACAUUGUACACAAUAUUGAUGAUCUGGAAAUCUCGUUAUCACUGGUACAAUGUUGCAAUGAUUGGUGGGUUUGGUUUGGAAUUUGCUGGUUUUCUUGGAAGAACGUUAUCGGUACAGAAUGAAACAGUAGAAGACUAUUGGUUAAUGCAAACUAUUUGCUUGACAAUUGCUCCUGCAUUUCUCAUGGGCGGUAUAUAUUUCCUAUUUGCUCAAUUAGUCAUCGUACACGGAAGACAGUACUCGUUCUUAAAGCCAAUGUGGUACUCUUACUUCUUCAUCGUCUGUGAUGUGCUUUCGUUAGUCGUGCAAUCUAUUGGAGGAGGACAGGCAAGUGUUGCAUCGCAAAAUCAUACGGAUUCUGAUCCCGGGACUUAUACAAUGCUAGCAGGGAUUGCAUUCCAAAUUCUUUCUAUGGGAAUCUUUCUUAUAUUCUUUUUUGAAGCUCUUUGGAGAAUUUAUUUCAGACAUGACAACAUUGUUGCCCAUCAGCCACUCCAAAAUAAAACCAUACUCAACUUCUUCAGAUUUUUAUUCAAUACCAGAAGUUCCAGAGAGUUCCGGUUAAGUUAUUUGGAAGCUGACUACAACCCCAAAUUCGCGGAUAUUCGUCAGCGACAACUAUUCCAGUGGUUUCCCUUGGUAAUUGCAACUUCAUCACUAUUGAUUUACAUCAGAUGCAUUUACAGAGUUGUUGAGUUUGGGACUGGUUACAAUAGUUGGUUAUUCACCAGAGAGUGGCCAAUAAUGGUCUUGGAUGCAAGUUUAAUCGGCGUAGUAGCACUCAUUUUCUUUCCAUUCCAUCCUCUUUGGGUCUUUGGAUCUGAAAACAAGAUCAAGCUUUCAACCAUAAAGAAAAACUUAGAUGAAUCUGUUCCAAGUCCAAGUAAUCUGACCAUCGAUGAAAAAGUUUAA